AAUGGGGCAGACGUGACCUGUCAGCACAAAGUAAGAGAAGCUGUCACAAGUGUUACCAGCAGUGUAUUUGGCUGCAGGAUGUCCUAAAAUGCGUUCAGUAUGGCAUUAUAAAGUUUUCUUAGGCAUAUGAAUAUUUUACCGUGGGGAUAGAGCAGGAAACAUUUAGUUUUUCAGGCAGAUGUCCUAAAGUGGACACCGUACAGAUUAGGUUGAGGCGGAGAGAGUGCACGUCAUUGAUCUGUACUUAGGAGAGCGGUAUAGACAAAAUGUGGCUUGGCACGCGGCUAUUUCAUCGUCCAUUCAGCUCCCUGGCAGCCCGCGGACUAGUGUAUGAAAGACACGGAGAGCCAUUACAAGUCUUACGCUUGCACAAUGUGAAUAUAACACAUCCUGCUGAAAAUGAGGUUCGAGUUAAAAUGCUGGCUGCUCCUAUUAAUCCAUCGGAUAUUAAUAUGGUCCAAGGAACCUAUGCUCUUCUGCCUCAGCUGCCAGCUGUUGGGGGGAAUGAGGGAGUAGGUGUUGUAGUAGAGGUUGGAAGACAUGUGACCUCUAUGCGGCCUGGUGAUUGGGUGGUUCCAGUAGAUGCAGGGUUAGGUACGUGGUGUACAGAGGCCGUGUUCAGCGAAGCUUCUCUUAUGCGUGUUCCCAGUGACAUUCCUGUAGUAGGAGCAGCAACCGUGAGCGUCAACCCCUGCACUGCUUACAGACUUCUCUCUGAUUUUGAGACUCUUCGCCCAGAUGACACUAUAAUACAAAAUGCAAGCAACAGUGGCGUGGGCCAGGCUGUUAUACAGAUUGCAAAAUCACUGGGUAUCACCACCAUUAACGUUGUGCGGGAUAGAGAAGACCUGCCUGGCUUAAUACAAAGACUCCGUGACCUGGGAGCAGAUCAUGUGAUCACAGAAGAACAGCUCCGCAAACCAGAGAUGAAGGAUUUGUUCAAGAAUUGUCCUCGUCCGAGACUGGCUUUAAAUUGCGUUGGUGGUAAAAGCACAACAGAAAUGUUGCGUCAUUUGGAUUAUGGUGGCACCAUGGUGACAUAUGGAGGGAUGUCAAAGCAGCCUGUUACUAUCCCCGUUAGCGCACUUAUAUUUAAAAAUGUAAAACUGUGCGGUUUCUGGGUAACUCAGUGGAAGAAAGAACGAGCUCAAACUGAUCGCGAGGAAAUUGUAAAAAUGAUACGGGAUCUUUGUGAUCUGAUCCGCCGUGGAAAGCUUGUUCCUCCUCCUUCUACUCAACGGCCUCUAGAAGAUUUCCCCCGAGCACUCCAAGAUGCUCAGACUCCUUUCUUGUCCCGCAAGCAAAUACUGAUAAUGUGACUUGGCAAUUAAUUGUGUAUUGCUGCAUAUCCAUAGACUGUACCUUUCUUGUCUUAAACUCAGAUCAGUACAGUCCCACAAUGGGUUUGUUUUUAUUAAGGACUAUGUGUGUAUGUGUGUAGGCAUUGAAGAAUGAAAAAUAUUUAUUAAUAAAUAUGUGCAGUUUAACUGUUAUGAAACAUGUUGUAUUUAUAAAUAGAACAUUCCAAAUAAAGCAAACAAAAAAACCUA